CUCUGGGAGGCCUGGAGGAAUCGUUCACCUCUCUGGAGAACAAAAGCAAGGACUUAGUGGAGCAGGCUAAACGGCUAGCUGCACAGAGUAGCGCCCGACGUUUUUUUUUCUGAAGGAUGCAUAGGUUGAAUGCGAUGGAUCUCAGAUAUAAUUGUCCUUAAUUAACUUUGAUCGUGGCUGUGCCGUCUGGAUCGGCCGAAACAACUAUCAACAAGUGAAGGAUGUCUGCUGAUGCGGCCGGAAAAGCCCCCAAUUCGUCUUCGGCGAAGCAGGGAAAGAGAAGCCUUCUCGCUACAGACGAGGACGAAGAUGAAUUCGACAGUGGCUUGGAUGACGAAGAAGGAAGUGACUAUGAGGAGGAUGAGGAAGAUGAAGAGGGACCUGGCCUUUCUGACAUCAUGGACGGGAGGACGAAGAAGAGGACGAAGAGUAUGACCCUGAUUCCAAGGAGGAAAAUGGCGAAGAUGCAGAUGCCACUAGCACCACACUUGACGACAAUCCUCCUGCGGGAGAUGCUGAGGCCACUGAGUCAUCCGGAGAGCCGGGGUCCAGCACUCAGGACGACACCAGAGGAGAAGACAAUGAAGGGGAUCAGCGACCUACUAAGCGUCGUAGAACUUGCCGCUUGGCGAGAUAAUCGGUCGGUUUGGAUGCCCAGUGCCUGUGGUGUAAUAACGCAAUUUUCUUCCUUAUGUCGACUUGUCCGUUCCCAUGAAUAGGAUGACAAAGUAUAUCUCCAAUUCUCGUUGCGUCAAGGUUACCGCAGUUGAGCCAUACACGCCUGAUUCGAUAUUAUUUUCAAUACUCUGAUCGUGGA